ACAAAAUGCCUAUAAAAAGGAAGUAGAAAACCAACGAAUUAAGAGAGAAUAAUUCACAGAAACAUACUAAAACAGAGAAGAGAAAUCGAGAGAUUAUGGCAUCAUCAGCAUUGAAUGUAAGGAAAAUAAAGCUUGGGUCACAGGGCUUUGAAGUAUCAGCCCAAGGCCUAGGAUGUAUGGGUAUGUCCAUUUCUUACGGCCCGCCCAAGCCCGACGAUGAUAUGAUUGAGCUCAUUCGAUAUGCUAUCAACUGUGGCAUCACUUUGCUUGAUACCUCUGAUAUUUAUGGCCCUUUCACUAAUGAAAUACUUAUUGGCAAGGCAUUGAAAGGGGGAUGGAGAGAGAAAGUUGAGCUGGCUACUAAAUUUGGGUUAAAGUUUGUAGAAGACGAUAAUAAUACUAACAAUUAUAAGUUGGAGAAAUAUGGAGAUCCAGCUUAUGUGAGGAAAGCUUGUGAGGCAAGCCUGGAACGCCUUGGUGUAGAUUGCAUUGACAUCUAUUAUCAGCACCGGGUUGAUACUCGUGUUCCAAUCGAAGUCACGAUGGGUGAGCUGAAAAAACUAGUGGAAGAGGGAAAAAUUAAGUAUAUAGGGUUAUCUGAGGUUUUUCCUUCAACAAUCAGAAGAGCACAUGCAAUUCACCCUAUAACUGCUGUGCAACUUGAAUGGUCUGUUUGGUGUAGGGAUGUGGAGGAGGAAAUUAUACCUACUUGCAGGGAACUCGGUAUUGGGAUCGUUGCUUACAGCCCUCUUGGACGGGGAUUCCUCUCCUUAGGAGCUAAGGUCAUGGACAACUUAACGGAUGAUGACUUUCGCAAGACUAUACCAAGGUUGCAACAAGAAAACAUGGAAUAUAACAAGAUCCUAUUUGAGAAGAUGACCAACUUAGCAACAAAGAAAGGAUGUACAACUUCUCAACUAGCACUUGCUUGGGUUCAUCACAAAGGUGAUGAUGUAUGUCCAAUUCCCGGUACAACGAAGAUCGAAAAUCUUAAACAAAACAUGGAGGCAUUAUCGAUCAUUCUUACACCGGAGGAUAUGGCGGAGCUUGAAUCUCUUGCUUAUGAGGUGAUGGGUGAUAGCUAUGGGCCUAUGCAAUCGGAGAAUACUUGGCAGAACUCUGAAACUCCACCAUUGUCAUCGUGGAAACCUAAAUGAAUGGCUUGUAUGCAUCUAUUGUAUACCUAUUUCAUACGUAGUACUUAAACAUCUAAGGCAGGCAAUGAAACUAGCUAGCUACGUACAGCCUACAAAUAAAUGAUGUUAUUUUUCCUUCACGUCAAAAAAAAAAAAAUUGUUGUAAUUUUAAUUCUUUGUAUUCACAAAGGGGUGAUGAUAAAGGUCGCAAGUUGCGACAACAUUUAGUUGUCGCAAUCUUACGUGUCGGAGUUUAAUUGGUACAUAUAUGCGCCACGUAGGCUAUGCUUCGUCACUAUAUUUUUACUAUCAAUGCGAUAUUUUUACUGUGAAAAAUUGUAAAUAAGGUAGUUGAUAUAGAAAAGGAAACAAAAUAGAAUAUUAAGAUUUUCCUACCUUUUUUCUUAACAUGUAUAAUAGAUUAUAUAAGUUAAAUAUUUUAGUUUCCAAUUUAAAUUAUGACACAUAAGCAUGUCAUGUCAUCAUCGUGACACGACUUAAAGGUCGCAUGUUACGACCUUUAUCAUUUUCGUUCAUAAAGUUCAUUUAUAACGCACGAGUUAAAUAAAAAAUGUUCUUCGGAUGAAAUUAAAGCUAAGGUACGG